CCGAUUUCUUCAAGGAUUCGAGGAGCACAACCACAUCUCACCCAUCAAAAUUGAAGAUGUUGAUGACUAUGAGGAUACCCAAGAGCUCUGCCUUUUCUCUCCCAGCACGGACAUCUCUGGUAUUAUUGCUGUUGAUAUGCAUAGUUGGGCACUGCCAGUUUGGCGAGGCAUUUUUGUCCUUGAAUCAUCAUAAGCAGGAACGAUCAUCAUUUCACCAAAGUACCACAGACAACACCUACCAUGAGUUUAUAUCCCUGUCAAAGGGUCCUCAAAUGCAAGAGCUCAGGGCUACCAACCGAGCCCCUCUCUCUUUUUCUCGCAUUCGAACAAGCACACGACAACCAAGCUCACAAGAUCGGUACAGUGAUCACGCUUCCCAGCUUCUGAUUUCCAAAGAUGAUUUGGACUUGCCACAACAACUUCAGGCCACCAAGGCAGACGAGUAUCGAAUUGUUUCUGACCAGGAGCGAGAAAAGAAAAACAGCAAAAUGCAUAAACAUGGACCUUCUGUUGGUAGCAAGCGACGGCCCGCUCCAGAACAACCCGAAUGGAUCUUGCACUUUAGUGCAGCCCAGCAGCAAGUAGACCAAUUCAAGAUGAAAAUUCAAACUUUGAUCGAACAACCCCUUGUGGAAUGUGCUGGUGCAGCACAGAUCCUGCUGAGUAGCAUUCUGGUUGCCGUCACGACCCUCCCAGAUGUUCCCGACGAUUUGCUCGUGCCCAUGGAAACUGUCCAGGAAACCCUGGCUUAUCUCUUUCUUGCAGAGUUUCUCACAAGAUGGUUCUCUUGUACCGACAAAAAGGGAGGUCGAUACGUGACACAACCACUGGUUCUGGUGGAUGUCUUUGUCGUCGUAUUGCCUCUUCUCUUGACCAACUUUCCCUUGCUAGACGCGGCCUUUCCAGAUUUCAUCAGUGGCCAAUCGGGUCUCAUCAACCUCCGGCUCUUGCGAGUGCUUCGGUUACAGCGUGUCUUGAAGGAUGAACUGACCUUCUCCAAGUUUGUCAAUGCGGUUCAGCUCAACUCCAACCGAUCCAGUUCGGCCAUUGUGCAGCAGUGGGAGCUGCAACUGGCACGUGUGAUGCUCAGUCUCUUUACGCUGCUGUCCGUGGCGGCAGGAUUGAUUUACACCACUGAAAAUGCCGCCAAUCCCAACAUUGAUGACUACUUUACGGCACUGUACUUCACACUGACAACUCUGACGACCGUAGGGUUCGGCGACAUUACACCAAUGACUUGGCAAGGCAAACUAGUUGUGUCUGGAAGUAUCUUGGCUGGGAUUACCAUUAUUCCAGCGCAAGCGGCAUCUUUGGUGGAAGCCUUGUUUCAACGAGGGGAGGAACAACAGCGACAGCAACAAGAACAGGAAAAUAGACAACGACAAAUGUUGCAACCAGCCAAAGCCACCGACAGGCGUUACAGUUCAGGAGGUAGCAAUAGUCUCACUAUGGAAACAAUCAGCAGGGAUCUCACUAGAAGCAGCAGCAGCACCAAUGCCGAGGCAACCCUGGAAGCUGCCAAAAAGUGCCCUGUCUGCAAAGUUGGACUGCACUGGUCUCACGCCACGUAUUGCUAUAACUGUGCCAGUCCUCUGGGCCCAGAAAAGACACUGGUGUUGCCUGAAAAGUAAAGCAACAAUUACUUUCCAGAGCCCUGCCCGGCAGCAUCAUGCCAAGGCUGAUUGAGAGAGCUAGCAAUCAGGAUAGAAGAUGUGUAAGAAUAACUAUAAUCCAUAGAUCGAUAGAAGAGACAUACACAG